UGUCGAAUUAAUCGCAAUAAUAGUUAAGUAGUAACGCCUGGCCUUGAGUGAAACAGUCAAACAGCUAUUGUCAGUAUUGGUUGACGCCUGGUGCCGGUGGAUCGGGCUACACUCACUGUUGUGUUGCUGUGAAGUGGGAAAUGUGAAUUACGAUGAGUUCUUGGCUGGUCACAGAAAAGCGUAGUUGGCCAGAAUGGCUGGCACUUCAAGUGCUGAAGGUUGGUCCUAUUCCAAAACAUUUGGCUCUCAUCAUGGAUGGAAACCGUAGAUAUGCCAAACUGCAUGAACAAGAGACCUUCCAUGGCCACAUUGCUGGCUUCAAAACCCUUACCUAUGUUUUAGCCUGGUGCAGGGAUUUAGGGAUUACUGAGGUAACUUCUUAUGCACUCAGUAUUGAAAAUUUCAAGAGAUCUAAAGAAGAAGUGGAGGGAUUGUUAUCUCUGGCCAGUAACAAGUUUGAAGAGGUACUCAACGAGGGAGAAAAUUUGGCCAAACAUGGUGUUUGUAUUCGUAUUAUUGGAAACCUUGAUCUCCUACCUACAUAUCUUCGAGCUCAGACUGCUGAAGUUGUACUUAUGACCAGAAAUAACACCAAAUGUUUUUUAAAUCUUGCUCUAGCAUAUACAUCCCGUGAUGAAAUAACUGCAGCUGUACGAGAAUGUGCUAUCGCAAUAUCCGAAGGCCGCUUGCAAGAGACGGAUAUCACUCCACGGCUCCUGGAGCAGUGUCUCUACACAGCUCAGUCCUGCCACCCCGACCUGGUCAUCAGAACUUCCGGAGAAACCAGACUCUCUGACUUUCUACUAUGGCAAUCACAAUUUUCAUGCCUUUUUUUCACUAAGGUUUUAUGGCCAGAAUUGAGCAUAUGGCAUGUGCUGGGUGCUGUGUUCCACUACCAGCGGCACCACCACACGGUCGUCGCGGCACGCAAGCAAGCCAAGCUCCUCUAUGACCGCUACGAGCUCGAAGCUGAUCAAGCUUGCUCUCCCGACGAUCCCGAGUGCGGUUGUGAUGGGACCAAAGCUCGCAAGAUCCGCGUAGAACGUUUUAUUGCAGAUCUUGUAGAACGGAGAGAGAAAACCUAUCACGCGCUGUCAACACAGCUGAAAGAAAUCAAGAAGCAGCAACAAGAAAGUUGUGAGCAGGAGCAAAAGAGUGAGGCGUCAGGGCGAGUUAGAGUUAUAGGAGAGUGUGGUGAGAGAGUUGUGUCAGUAUCCGUUGCCGACCCCAGCCUUUUGAAAAGAGUCCAACAACGAAUGCUGUUAGAGGCGAAUUGAAUCGGAUAUGUUAGUGUUGUAUUAAUUCUAUGUUUGACAACAUAUUUUAUGCAGAGCUGAGUUGGUAGGCCUAGAACAAUUGCAUAGUUCAUCGCUAUAAGUGAACUAUUGAAAAAAACUGUCCCACUCAUCUGCGUGGCAGGCUAUUUUCCCCAAAUAAUUUAUUUAUCCUGUUAUUAAACUAUUGUAUUAUGGAGAACCAGGGGAACCCUUCGUAUUUUCGAACGAUCAGCAAAUAUGUAUUUAUUGUCAUCCUUUAAAUAAAAUGGUAUUUAUC